AGCCGCCCCGAAUCGCUUGAUUUCUAACCCCUGGACCUCUUUAGCCCCUUUUAGUAUUUAUAAAUGUUUCCCCACUCAAACUUUUUAUCUGUUCUUUUCCCCUUUCUCCUCCUUUCCUCUUGUUACUUUUUACACUUGAGUUUUUCUCUUUCUCCAUUUCCUUUGACCCUAGUUUUUAGCAAACUUUCCAUCCACCCACAUGUUUUAUGCCUUAUCUAUCCUUUUUUUCCCCCAGGUUACUUUUUCAACAUGCCCACCGACCCUCGUAUUUCCUGUACCAAAAGCACCUUUUCAGUGUUUUCUGAGUUUAAUUUUGUGCAAAGGAGAAUUGAGGUCCAGUUUUGGCAUCAGUGAGCCUAGAUCACAUCCUACUGACCAAGAUCACUCCAUGGAUGAAAUGACAGCCGUGGUGAAGAUUGAAAAAGGAGUUGGUGGCAAUAACGGGGGCAAUGGAAAUGGUAGUGGUGCCUUUUCUCAGGCUCGAAGCAGCAGCACAGGCAGUAGCAGCAGCAGCGGAGGAGGAGGGCAGGAAUCCCAGCCAUCCCCUUUGGCUCUGCUGGCAGCAACUUGCAGCAGAAUUGAGUCACCCAAUGAAAACAGCAACAACUCCCAGGGCCCAAGCCAGUCAGGGGGCACAGGUGAGCUUGACCUCACAGCCACACAACUUUCCCAGGGUGCCAAUGGCUGGCAGAUCAUCUCUUCCUCCUCUGGGGCUACCCCUACCUCGAAGGAACAGAGUGGCAGCAGUACCAACGGCAACAAUGGCAGUGAGUCUUCCAAGAAUCGCACGGUCUCCGGUGGGCAGUAUGUUGUGGCUGCCACCUCCAACCUUCAGAACCAGCAAGUCCUGACAGGACUACCUGGAGUGAUGCCUAAUAUUCAGUAUCAAGUAAUCCCACAGUUCCAGACCGUUGAUGGGCAACAGCUGCAGUUUGCUGCCACUGGGGCCCAAGUGCAGCAGGAUGGUUCAGGUCAGAUACAGAUCAUCCCAGGUGCAAACCAACAGAUCAUCACAAAUCGAGGAAGUGGAGGCAACAUCAUUGCUGCUAUGCCAAACCUACUCCAGCAGGCUGUCCCCCUUCAAGGCCUGGCUAAUAAUGUACUCUCAGGACAGACUCAGUAUGUGACCAAUGUACCAGUGGCCCUGAAUGGGAAUAUUACCUUGCUACCUGUCAACAGCGUUUCUGCAGCUACCUUGACUCCUAGCUCUCAGGCAGUCACGAUCAGCAGCUCUGGGUCCCAGGAGAGUGGCUCACAGCCUGUCACCUCAGGGACUGCCAUCAGUUCUGCCAGUUUGGUAUCUUCACAAGCCAGUUCCAGCUCCUUUUUCACCAAUGCCAAUAGCUACUCAACAACUACUACCACCAGCAACAUGGGAAUUAUGAACUUUACCACCAGCGGAUCAGCAGGGACCAACUCUCAGAGCCAGACACCACAGAGGGUCAGCGGGCUGCAGGGAUCUGAUACUCUGAACAUCCAGCAGAACCAGACAUCUGGAGGUUCACUGCAAGCAAGUCAACAAAAAGAGGGAGAGCAAAACCAGCAGACACAGCAACAACAACAAAUUCUCAUCCAGCCUCAACUGGUUCAAGGGGGACAGGCCCUGCAGGCCCUCCAAGCCGCCCCAUUGUCAGGGCAGACCUUUACAACUCAAGCUAUCUCCCAGGAAACCCUCCAGAACCUUCAGCUUCAGGCUGUUCCAAACUCUGGCCCCAUCAUCAUCCGGACACCAACAGUGGGGCCCAAUGGACAGGUCAGCUGGCAGACUCUUCAGCUGCAGAACCUCCAAGUUCAGAACCCACAAGCCCAGACAAUCACCUUGGCCCCAAUGCAGGGUGUUUCUUUGGGGCAGACCAGCAGCAGCAGUACCACCCUUACACCUAUUGCCUCAGCUGCCUCCAUCCCUGCUGGCACAGUCACUGUGAAUGCUGCUCAGCUCUCCUCCAUGCCUGGCCUCCAGACCAUUAACCUCAGUGCGUUGGGUGCUUCAGGAAUCCAGGUGCACCAGCUUCCAAGCCUGCCCUUGGCGAUAGCAAAUGCCUCAGGUGAUCAUGGAGCUCAGCUUGGCCUCCAUGGGGCUGGUGGUGAUGGAAUACAUGAUGACCCAACAGGUGGAGAGGAAGGAGAGAACAGCCCAGAUCCCCAACCCCAAGCUGGUCGGAGGACCCGGCGGGAAGCAUGCACCUGCCCCUACUGUAAAGAUAGUGAAGGAAGGGGCUCUGGGGAUCCUGGCAAGAAGAAACAGCACAUUUGUCACAUGCAAGGCUGUGGCAAAGUAUAUGGCAAGACCUCACACCUCCGGGCACACUUGCGCUGGCAUACAGGCGAGAGGCCUUUCAUGUGUACCUGGUCAUUCUGUGGGAAACGCUUCACACGUUCAGAUGAGUUACAGAGGCACAAACGCACACACACAGGUGAGAAGAAAUUUGCCUGCCCUGAGUGUCCCAAGCGCUUCAUGAGGAGUGACCACCUGUCAAAGCAUAUCAAGACCCACCAGAAUAAGAAGGGAGGCCCGGGUGUAGCCCUGAGUGUGGGCACUUUGCCCCUGGACAGUGGGGCAGGUUCAGAAGGCAGUGGUACUGCCACCCCUUCAGCCCUUAUUACCACCAACAUGGUAGCCAUGGAGGCCAUUUGUCCAGAGGGUAUUGCCCGUCUUGCCAACAGUGGCAUCAAUGUCAUGCAGGUGGCAGAUCUGCAAUCCAUUAAUAUCAGUGGCAAUGGCUUCUGAGAUCAGGCACCUGGGGCCAGAGACAUAUGGGCCAUACCCAUCAACCCUGGGAUGCAAGGUAGCAUGGGUCCAAGAGACGUGUGGGAGAAUGAGCCAUGAGGCAUUAAAAAUGCAUGGUGGUGGGAAGAAUUGGGGGUGGGAUACAAAAGAAGAGAUGGGGUCCUGGCACCCACCUGUAUCAUCACUACCUUCUUGAAGUGGGAAACAUAGUGAAAAUUCUGUUGGUGCCACCUUUGAUGAGCAUUCGUUUGACCCCAAACAGUUUCUUAACACUUCUUACCCUAGCCUCCCCUUCUUGCAUUUCCCUUCUCAGCUCCCCCAUGAUGGAUCCCCCCCUUUCCUAAAGCCAUCAUGCCUUGAUAAAUAUAUAUGAUCAUUGAAAUACUUUUUAACAAAAACAGAUUCUAUAUUAUAUAUAUAUAUAUAAAAGAUAUAUAGAGAUGCAUUUGCAGGGGUAGGCUGGGAGGAGGAAGGAGACCAUUCUGUGACCAAAAUACCUUGGUCAUUUUUUUUAUAUUGCCUUAUUUCCUUAUGGCUGAGCCUUGUUGUGACACAUCAAGAUAUUCUAUAGAUGUUGUCUUGGCUUCCCACCAGAUUAAGCAUUUAUAUGCUCUGCUUUUAGUUUAUAUAUACAUACAUAAUGUUUUCCUUUCUUAAUUUUGUCUUUUAAUUUGGGAUCAGCUUCUUGCACUCUUUCCCUGACUCAACCCUUUCUGUCUCCCCUUCUCUCACCUGAUCACUUCAUGUUUUGUUUUUGGUAGUGGUCCCUGGAUGAGGCACUUCUGUCAUUUUUUUAUAAAGUCCUUAGUCCCAGCAGCAGAAUGGAGAAGCCUUGAAGCUCAGGCAAAUGCUUGAGGUAGCUGUGAAGAGAGUGUUCAAAAUACUACUGACGCAGGCACCCUUUUGGUGCUGGAGAGUCAAAGGCACCUCUCUCUUCAUUAGCUGCUCUAAGCAUCAGGAAUCAGAAGUCUUUCUAUGGAAUUGUACAGGAGACCCUUUGAAAGUUAUAGUCUGGGAUCAGUUUGUCCAAACUGUGAAAAGAUGGUCAAGUAAUAGGUAGGAGCUUUCAAUAGGAAAAUGAUGUGCUCAGAAGUGGAAGUGACUCAAGUAGUUCACUUCAGGAGUUAGUGGAGUAUUUGGACCUUUGUGCAACUGUCUUCCAAGGUAGCUCUAAGCUUUGAUGUGUAGGCUUCUGAGUUCACAUUCUGAAAGGAAAUACACUUCCUCUUUUGAACAUCUCCAGUAGUUUCUUUCCCAUUAUGUUAUUAAGGAGCAUCAGCCAGUGACUCUGUUCUGGAUUUCCAUUCUGCAGAACUCCAGAGCAUGGAUCAGUGGCAAGGCAAUGGUUCUUUGAUCUUUUCCCUUAACUCUUCCUAGGGUGAUUCCUAAGGGGAAAGGAAGCACACGUGAUCAUGGGAAUGAUAGCCCAGAACAAAAAGAAAUCUUGUCUUACCACUGUGGUUUAUAGGAGAGACCAGGGAAAGCCAUCCUGCUUUUCUCCAUGGCCUGAUUCCUGAAGAGACUGAUCCAAAAAUUAUAGCGGCAGGGAACUCUUAGUGCAUUUGGCACUGAGAUUUAAAUGCAACCAGAGUUGUCCUCAAGGCCCAGCCAUUAAAACAUUGUCUCUCUCGACUUUCUGGUAUCUUGUCAGAGAGCUUUUCACUGUGAGGAAGUGUGGAAAUGGCUGUGUGUAUGUGUGUAAUCUGUUAGAUUGGGGAUAGGUUUUCUGUUAGCCAAUACUAUAAGAGACCUGCAAUAAAAAAUUACCCUAAUCUGAUAGAAAGUGAAGUGUUUGUGUAUGACCGUGUGUGAAUGUGUGUUCGUGCUUGUAUAUAUCUACACACAGAUGAGAAAUUAUAUUUGAAAUUGUUGGAAAAUAAAUCAAAUUCAGAUCAAAAUGCCUUUCAGGCCCAUUACCUAGAAAUCUAUCUUAAAACCUGGGUAUGUUCCUGAGGUCAUUGCUUUGCUUUUGCUAAACUAGUUACAAUUAUGAAUGGGGGAUAUUCUACUGCACUUUUAAAAGAAGAAACUAUUUUUGUGUUUGAAAAUGAAACCAACAUCCAGUUCUAUAGCAGAGUCCUAAUUCCUCUCAUAAGUCUAUUUACCUUGACUACAAAUAGAUGAUGCCGUGAUUCUACUAUGUAUUUUAUAUAAAAUCUAUCCAAAUUAGGGUUUGGGUAAGUUUGUGUUGUUGUUUAACCUGAAAUACAAUAACUGUUAAUAUUCUAAACAAAAGCUUACUCCACUUGGUCCUUUCUCUGCAGACUUAAUACUGUUUUUAACACAGAAGCUAUUGCAAGGAACUUUCCCUUUAUCAAAUUGCAUUAAUACUGAAGUAAAAGUUAUCUGUCCAGCCACUUAUCACACCCUUUGUUCCCACUGAAAGGCAGAACUCUGAACAUGCUGUUUUAUAUCUGCAAUCAUGUACAUAGGCAUCUUCUGGAGGAAAGGGGCAAGAUAACUCACUGGAGUGUGCAGUGUUUUGCUAGAACAUUUCAUGGAAUGGAAUCUUCCCUAGAAUGAAAUUACUAGAUGUAAUCUAGCUUAAUGAUGCUGAAACUUAAACACUUUUAGGUUAUUUGAUGAUGGUUUUCUCUGGGAUGGAAUGCUGGUUUACCCCCAGCUCUUGGCACAAGCAAAUUUAUAUCCAGUUCUUUCCACUUGUCCUAGUUCCUUCUCACCAAGGAAGCUCAGGAUUCAGUAUCUUGUUUGGCCCUAAAAUUAAAGCCGCUACUGCUUUUGUUUCCCAGCAGCAGUAAGUCACUCAAUCUUUUCCACGGGAAGUUAGCCCACAUUCCGUGAGUCAGGAGCUUAUUGCUGAAAGUCCCUUUCCCUGAACUUUUUGCCGGAAGAAAUUAGUGUAACUGACAGGCAUAUUGAGUCUAAGUUUUUUUUUUUCACAAGUUGCUCUUUUAUGUAACUUUCUAAUGACCAAACCUUGGGUCAGGGAUGCCCAGAGAAGUGGUAAUAUUAUUCCCUUGUCCUUUCAGGUUGCCCAUUCACAUGUAUCUGCUUAUCAUUUGACUGUCUCACUUUUUACCCGGAGCAGUAACAACCCACAUCGUCGUCCUUCAGGGACUUCCCAGCGGGCACCCUCUUUAUGGGUGCCAUGUAGAAUGCCGUUUAACACACAUUUCUCAGAAUUCAGAAUAGAACUCUUGAUCCCAGAAAGUAUAGACUGAAGUGUUGGGUAAAGAUUAUGACUGGGGGAGGGUUAGAGACAAAGGCUGUAAAUUACUAUGGCUGAUUGAUUUAUUUCUACUAUAUACAUAUAUAUUUUUUUGCUUUUGUAUAUCCAAUAUAGGAAACUAAGCAUUGUAUUUUUUUUUUUUAACAAAUCUGAGAAAGCACUAUGAACUGCAGAUGUUUGACUUUCAGAAUAUAUUUUGUAUUGUUAAUAUCUUCACAUUGUGUGAAUACUGGAAGCUGCAGAUCUUUGCUAGGACGCAAUAAAUUUAUACGCUUUUUGAGAGGUUCUUCUGGGGGUAUUAAUCAGGCCCCUGUUAUGCUUUGGGGGAGCUCUGGUGCUAAAGUUUUCAUUCAGUUGUAAGUACCCUGAUGCCUUUUGGACCUUGGGAUCAGAUCAAAGGAGUUCUGAUCCAGGUACCAAGGAAAAUGAGGAUAGUCUAGCUGUCUCAAGUGAGGGGCCCUUUGCAUAGCUCUCCUUCCCCCUAUUCAAGUGCCCUCUUGGAGUUGGGAGGAGGAAUGUGAAAUCUCGGAGUUUCAUCUCCCUUAGAAGAGAGCCAGUAACUUAUUGUGCAAGGAUGAAAGGUGGCAGCAGUAGCUUUGGGGAAGGGAGGAGGAUAUGGCACUUCUCCAACCCCGGAAAACAUUGCUUUUGAAAACUGCUGAUAAACUAUGGGUAGGUUAUUACUUUUGUUUAGGAGCCUGUGUGCUCUGCGGUGCCUCUCUUGGCUCUACUCCUGGGGUACAGACCUCAUCUAGGAGGAUGAGGAGACCAGCUUUGAGGUUGACCUGUUCUUUUCUUUGUCUGUCUUCCCUAAACACCAGCCCCCAGGAGGACAUUAAGCAGCCUUAAGCUUAAAUUCCUACUCCCUCUUGCCAAUUUAGCUCACUUGCCUUAGAUCGGAAUCUGGGAAAGGGGGAAAAAAAGUGGGAGUCCCUGGUUUUAUUCACCUCCUAGGUCUUCUCCAGUUUGAUUUCCCCAAACCCAGAAAGAUUGCCUCCACAAUGUUCAUUUGAGGGAAAUGAGUAUUUUGUCCCAUUAUCUCCCUUCCUGAUUAUCACAACCCCAGCCUGCCUUGUCCCUGCUGAGCAAGAAGAGGCAUGAUCUAUCCCUCAAUUCCUUUAAUAUCAAUAAAUAAAUAAAUAGGGCUAAAGUGAGGCUGCUGUGGGUGGUGAGGACCUUGUUGAUACCUCUCCUGGGGUGUGUGUUUUCUCUUCCUCACCUUCAGGAAUUACACUGUGCCUUCUCCACAGAGGAAUGGGAUUCUCUACCCAGCCCCCCACUUUCCUAGCAGCUGCUCUUGAACAGUGUGCACAAGGGCAAGUCUUCAUAUUUCUGAUCACCCCUUUCUCCCAGUAGCAUCCCAUAGCUCCCAUUUGGAGUCUAAGGCACAAAGAUUUUGGGGAAAGUUGGGGAAAAUAUGCUGAGAUUGGUCUGAAGAGACUCUUUCUACACAUACCAAUGGCAGCUGCCCUAGGGCCUGCUUCCUCUUCCAGAGUCUGUCCUCCUCUGGGAGGAAGGGGCAGUGCUCCGGUCUCUGGUGCCUAAAACAAGUUUAUUUCUCUCUCUUAACACUGGCAAUAACCAGUCUCCAUACCACUGUUGCCUUUUUAAACUUCUUAAUAAUCAAUCUCAUGCUGUGUUUGUUGUUGGUUUCAAUCCGAUUAUCACCUGGGCUGUGGGGAAAUACUUUUAAAUGCUCUCUCAUCUUUCUUGCUCUUUUCCCCCUUGAUCUUGUGUAUGUAUGAUGCUAAUCUCUUGUCUUGGUUUCUUCCUGCUCUUUUGUAUCUUACUUUCUUGUCUCUCCCCUGCCUUUUGUCUCUGGGUGUUUUGGGGCUUUUCUUUUUUUUUUUUUUUUUUGCCUUUUUGUACAAAGAUUAGUUCAAUGUAGUCUGUAGCUCCUUUGUAAACCAAUUAAAAAAAAAGUUUUUUUAAUAAAAAGCCAUGUCUCUGGUGUGUUGAGAGGGUUGGGAUUGGGGAGAAUAUGGUUAUAACUUCAUAUACUAAACCCAAAAUUAAGUUUUCUAGCUACACUGUUAAUACAUGUUAAUCAGUGCAGUUGUCCUACACUUGACUCCCAGGUAAACAAUUCAUGACCAGAUCAGCAUGCCAGGACUACAUAGAAUGUAGCAGAUCCAGAGGAACAGGGACAGUUCCAACUUUUUUUUCUAAAUUAGCUCCUAUUUUGAAAUAUUUUUAAAUUCAAAGGAGAGUCGCAGAGAUAGUGCAGAGGGUUUCUAUAUUCCCCUUUCCCAAUUUUCUCCCUUGUUAACAUUAUCAGGGUAUAUUGUCAAAAUUAAGAAACUGACAUUAGUACAUUACAUUAGCUAAAUCCUAUGUGGGCUUUAUCCAUUGAUGUCCUUUUUCUGUUCCAGGAUCUGUUGCAGGAUACCACAUUGCAUUUAGUUGGUAUGUCUCCCUAGUCUUCUCUGUGACAGUUUCUUAGUCUUUUCUUAUUGGUUACUUUGACAGUCUUUGAGAGUACUGGCUAUGUUCUGUAGAAUAUCCCCCAAUCUGAAUUUGUGUAAUUUUUUCCUCAUUAUUAGACUGAGCUUACAGGUUUCGGGGGGAAAAAAAUACAACAUAGGUGAAAUGCCCCCAUCACAUCCUAUCAAGGAGUGUGUGAUAGCCAUGUGACAUUAUGGAUGAUAAAAUCUUUAUCACCUGGUUAAGGUAGGGUUUGCCUGGUUUCUCCACUUUCUCUUUCCCUAUUCUUUGGGAGUGAGUCUAGCCCACCCUUAAUGGGGUUGAUGGGAAUUAAGCUUCUGUGAGGAAACUACCUCUUCUUUAUUAAUUUAAAUUAACAAGUCCUCAUGUAUACUUAUUUUAUUAUAAGUGGGUGGUUAUAGUCCAGUUAUGCAUUAUUUUUGUUGUUCACAUUGUCCCAGCUUUGAACAUGGGAAGGGCUUUUGACUUCUGUGUCCCUUUGAUAUGUCUACAUCCUCUUUUUUUUUCUUGAGUACUUUUUGAUACAUAAGAUGCUUCAGACUCAUACUGUAUUUUCCCUGCCUCAGCCCUAGAUUGGCCAUUUCUCCAAGGAGCCUUUGUUCUUUUUAUUGGAGAAUGGUAGUUAGAAGCCAAGAUCUAGCUCCGACAUAUUUUACAUUCAGUUAAUACCAACCUGUGUCUAAAAUGACUGAAUCUGGAUUAUGGCCCCUUGAAACUGAAAUUGAAGUUAUGCUGACAGCCUUUCCCAUUUCCCGUCAGCCUGUGCUUUUACCUGCCUUUAUACCUAUCUGAGAAUCCUUGGUUGAUGGUUUAUACUGUAACUACCAGCAUUCUUGAUUAUUUUUGCUCAUUUGACCCCUUAUGUCCACUUUGUCAAAUCACUCAGCCAUUUGAUAUGUAGCUAUUUGAAAUAUAACAUUUUGAUGUUUGGCUUUAUUGGAGAGUUUUUUAUGAGGAGGGGCUGUGUGUUUUUUGGCUUUGGAGUCUUAUGUGGGCCUUUAAAUAGUUCUGUCAGCUAUUCAGUCAGCAAACCUUUAUUGAGCCCUUACUAUGUGCUAGGUUGAGGAUAAAAAAAAGAAAAAAAAAAAAAAAAAAUGAAGUAAGACAGGCCCUGCUAUCAAAUACUUAAUAGUUUGGCAUAGUAAUGUAGAACUGCAGGUUUCCCAGUCUUGACCCCAUUUUUCAACAGAUAAUUUACUUCUUAUUUCACAGAGAAAACAGAAGUGUCAGACUUCCUCAAACUCCUCUAAAAUUUCCUCAAAAUUCCCAUCAAAUUUCCUCAAACUUCCCUCUCUUCUAACAUCUACAUGUUCACCAAUACCAAUUUACCCCCUUCUCCUAAGAAGAGAAGUGUUUUUCCUUUGCAAGGCCAACCCUGCCACUAGUGCUGUCAACCUCAUUUUUCUUUGACUUCUUUUUGUUCUUUGUUUCAAUAGUAUUUUCUCCUUUUAUCUUGUCUCUCCUGGAGAGACCUUUUGUCAGCCUAUAAUGGCUCAGAAGGUAAAAAGAGUCUGCAAUGUGGGAGACCCAGGUUCAGUCCCUGGGUUGGGAAGAUCCUCCAGAGAACGGAAUGGCCACCCACUCCAGUUUUCUUGUCCAGAGAAUUCCAUGGACAGAGAAGCCUGAUGGGCUCCCAGAGAGUUGGACGCAACUGAGCAACGAACACUUUCAUUUUGAACCAUGUUAAAAUCUGCCUUUCUGCCCACCUCUCCCGUUUUGAAAAACCUCUGCUGCUGCUUCAAGCUGCUAACCUAAUUCUUUCCAUUUCCAAAGUUAGAGCAGUUUAACUUUUCUUUUAUCUACCUGUCUGGCCAUCGUUUACCAAGUCACUUAUCAAUACCCGCACCCUGGUUGCCUGCUCCAGUGGUCUUGCCGUCCUUAGCCUCUUCGACCGCUUUCCAGCAGAGUGUGUCUCAGUGCUUUCUUCCCAUGAAGUGCGGAACUAAGGCACUUCUGGUUUUCCUGCAGCCUUUCUGGGUUUCAGUCUCCUUCACUGCCACUUCUUCCUCUGUCCCUGAAAUACUGGCAUUCCCCAUCCUGGCUCCUCUCCUUACUCUCUGACCCCUGAACAAGUUGCAUCCCCUCUUUAGCUAUUACAUACAUGUUGCUGACACCUAAAUUAAAAUCCCUCACUUUUUUCUCAACCUGGCAGCCUGCUUAGUGGACAUUUUCAUCUGAAUGUCCCACAGAUAACUCACUCAACAUGUAAGAAAGAAAAAUAAUCCUUUGUGUUCCUCACCUCACUUGACAUUAUUACCACUCUUGAUCAUGUAUACUUGAAAUUUCAGAAUCAUCUUUUAAUUCUCUUUCGUCUGUCAACAUUUAUUUGAUUACUAAUCCUGUCUUUAUUACUAAUAGAGUGUAUCUCCAUUUUUUUCCUUCUUUUGGGUUUGUUUUUUUGGCCGCGGGUAUGGCUUGGAGGAUCUUAGUUUCCCGACGAGGGAUUGAACCCAGGCCCACAGCAGUGAAAGCUUGGAGUUCUAACCACUGGACCACCAGGGAAUUCUCUCCUCCUCAUUUCCACUGUCCUAGUAUUCACCCUGGCUACUGCUUAGGUCUUAUAACUAAUCUCCCUGCUUCUGGUCUCCCUGAGCCUUAGUCAUCCAUCAUCCACGUUGCCCCCACGUUGUCCACCAGACCCCUGCCUAAAAUCCUUUGCUUUUAGGAAAGGUCUAACCUUUCCAGUCUGGUCCCAGUCUAUCUCUAGUUGUGAUUCUUGCUCCUCGGCUUCGUGUUUCACACCCCUUUCUCCUGCCAGUCUCUGCCCCUCCCCCGUGGUCUGGCCUCAACACACUGUUUAUACCUGUAUUCUUGCUGCCUUUGUUCUUGCUGUUCCUUGGCUACAAUAAUCACCCUCCUUGUAUUUGUUUUCAGUGUGAUUACCUUGAGACAGUUUACAUAUUCCUUUCUCUGUGAAAUCUUUGGACACCUUUCUUCCCUUGUCUUCUCUGCCCUGAACACAGUUUUAGCUUAUUUGAUCUUUCUGCUUAUAUAGCUCCUUGUUCAUACCCUCUAGCUAGACACAAUUUUCUGGUUGCUUAUUGAUAUUUUCUCCUGCUUUUCUAGACUGAGUUCCUGGAGGGCAAGAAUCACAUGGAUUUUGUAGGUUCAGCAUUUCAUGAAAUACCUUUUUUAAGACUAGGAUCUAAUAUUUUUUGAGUUGAAUGAAUAAACUCACUUUAGCCUUGUCAUCAUUGGGGUCAAAAGUAAAUUAUUGGGCCACUACAGACUUUUAAUCAGGGAAUUCUAAUGAAGAGCUUUGUGUAUGUGGAAUCCAGGAAGCCUGCCUUCCUUUGCUGAAGUUCUUUCUCAGGACCUUCCUGAUUCCCCCUUUCCUCAUCAUCUCAAUUCUGAACUCUGCCCAGAGUAUGUAGAGUUCCCAUAAACCUGACUGGAAUGUUUCUAUAUUGAGAGAUGAUAUGUUUGUCUUGAGAGUAGGUAUCCAAGGCUGUAGGUGAGGAGACUGCCUUCCUGCCUGCUCCUUACCUUGCUCUUCUCUGAUACUCCUGAUGCAAGAAGCUCUUUUACAUUCAAUUCCCUCCUCAGUCCCAGACUUCAGUUCAGUUCACUCAGUUGUGUCCGACUCUUUGCAGCCCCAUGAACUGCAGCACGCCAGGCCUCCUUGUCCAUCACCAACUCCCAGAGCCUACCCAAACUCAUGCCCAUUGAGUCAGUGAUGCCAUCCAACCAUCUCAUCCUCUGUCGUCCCCUUCUCCUGCCCUCAAUCUUUCCCAGCAUCAGGGUCUUUUCCAGUGACUCAGCUCUUCACAUCAGGUGGCCAAAGUAUUGGAGUUUCAGCUUCAACAUCAGUCCUUCCAAUGAAUACCCAGGACUGAUCUUUAGGAUGGUCUGGUUGGAUCUCCUUGCAGUCCAAGGGACUCUCAAGAGUCUUCUCCAACACGACAGUUCAAAAGCAUCAAUUCUUCUGCGCUCAGCUUUCCUUAUAGUCCAACUCUCACAUCCAUACAUGACCACUGGAAAAACCAUAGCCUUGACUAGACGGACCUUUGUUGACAAAGUAAUGUCUCUGCUUUUUAAUAUGCUGUCUAGGUUGGUCAUAACUUUCCUUCCAAGGAGUAAGCGUCUUUUAAUUUCAUGGCUACAAUCACCAUCUGCAGUGAUUUUGUAGCCCAGAAAAAUAAAGUCAGCCACUGUUUCCCCAUCUAUUUGCCAUGAAGUGAUGGCACUGGAUGCCAUGAUCUUAGUUUUCUGAAUGUUGAGCUUUUAAGCCAACUUUUUCACUCUUCUCUUUCACUUUGAUCAAGAGGCUUUUUAGUUCUUCACUUUCUGCCAUAAGGGUGGUGUCAUCUGCAUAUCUGAGGUUAUUGACAUUUCUCAGUCCCAGACUUAGAUCUGGCAAAGGAAGAUGGUUGUAACUGAGUGCAACAUUCUACCUGCCUGGACUCCUAGAAGAGCCCAAGGAGAGAUGGGCAGCUAUCCAUCAGCCUCAAAGCCCGGGUCAUGCCUCUAGCUGCUGCUUCACACUACUGGGGCUUUGACACGGUCAUGCAAGCUCCUUGGAAGACAGACUCCAGAAUCAGAGUACUCAGGCCCUCAUCCUGCAUCUAAUCCAGAUCGUCCUAGAAAGGGUUUCCAGGUAGCCACCAGCGGAACAGAAAGCUAGGAAAACAGGGAACCAGUCUCCUCUGGCUCUAAUUCUCAUAAGAGCCAGUUCUACAGUUUCUUAUUCUGGGCAGUAAUCUGAUGGAGCUGGACUCCUGUCUCUUGAUUGCAGCACAAACUAUACACCUCUCUCCUUCCAUCUCCACGCUGACGUUCCCUCCACACACUCUGCCCUUCCUUCACAGUUUGCAGUUCCUUCAGAUUCACAGAUACUGGAGAUGUACUGUGGAUAUGAGUCAUUUCAGGAGGCCCUUUCUGACCCUCACUGUCCUGAGUUUCUCCUAUGUUUGCUGACCUCUGGUGGUGAUCAUUUGAAUUGUACUAUCUUUUUAUAGUGGUUGUCUGACAGGUAUUGGUACAUAUUUUCUCAGUCCAUAUUCAAAUACUGUGUUAAAAUAUUUUUUAUUGCUGAAUUUUGUAUUUCUUUUCAGGCAUCAUGGCCAUAAAUGCAAAAAAAAAAAAAAAAACAACAACAGGGCCUGGGCUUUAGAAUCAAGACUUACUAGGUCCAAUCUUAACUGUGCUAUUUCCUGACAGAGUGACCUUGGUCAAGUUACCUAAAUUCAGCUUUCUUACCUAUAAAGUGAAGAUAAUAAUAACUCAAUGGGAGAAUUAGAUGUGAUGAUUGUAAAAUUCAUAGCCCUAGCCGUGCCCUAGUACACAGGCGCUCAAUAAAGUUUGUUACCUUUUCUAUAA